CCAAGAACAGCUGUUGCUUGUAAACAAACGGAAAGUUAACUUUACCUUGAUUUCCACUGAUUUUGUUUGUUAAAAAACUCGAGAUAUGCUGCCCCUGCGAUGCAGUUGGUCCCUGGCCAGGGCCAACUAUGGCACCAAGGCCAGGAAGGAGCUGGUGGCUCGCUAUAGCGGCGAGUUCCCGGAGAAGCUGCUCAAUCGAAAGCAAAAGGUGCCCACUCACAUGUAUUUGGCGAAUGCCCAGGCUGCCGAAAGGAUUAGCCAGUACCUGGAGCCCCAUUUCCAGAGCUCCGGUUGCGAUACUGUGAUGGAAAUCAAUCCUGGCGCGGGACACUUCACCCGUCACCUGCUGGACAGGGAAUCACAGUUCCGUAAGAUUAUCCUGGUCGAGAGCAUGGAUCACUUUAUGCCCAGAGUUCAGGAGCUACAUACCCUCUAUCCGGAGCGCGUGAAGGUGCACCACGGGGAUUUCGUGAACCUGUGGAAGCUGGUCUACAUGGACAAAAUAGACGGAGGCUCCAGAGUGGCGGAUCUCCUCAAUGAUGUGCCCCAGAAAGCCUUCACAGAUGAUAUCAACAUGCUUAUCUUCGGCGCCGUGGGCUCCUAUCCCUUCUUCAAGCAUUUGAUCAACUCGCUCAUCUUUCAGACCAGCCUUUUCAAUCUUGGACGCUGUGAGAUGAUCCUCGCCAUACCGCCGCCCAUUUACAUACACGUCACCUGCAACAAUGAGAUUGGUUACCUCAUUUACCGCUCGACCAGCGUGCUUUUUCAGAUUCUCUUCGAGCACCAGUUCAUUGCCAAGGUUCCGCGCGAGGAUUUCCUGCCUCAGCAGACAGCCUUCAGUCCCACCAAGGGCAGCAAGCUGGUCAAAGUGCGAUCCAUCAACCCGGAGUACCUGUACCUGGUAAAGUUUUCACCGCGCCGUAAUCUCCACGAGCUAUGUCAGUCCCAGGAUCUACCCGCCCUCUGGUUCUUCAUAAAGCAGAACUUUGUGAGCCGGCGAAAUAGGAUAAUACCCAAUUUGGAAAAAUGGGUGCCUGGCUGUGGACCGCGACUGAUCAUAAAUCCGCAUGCCUCUGAAUCCGUGAAGCCCACCUACCCGGAUGAGUCGCCCAAGAAGCUGCCACAGUACUCGUGCCAGAGCACCUCCAUGAGCACCAGGAACUACUAUCCCGGCAUCAACAUCUACACCCAGUUCGGAGAUCUCCGACCUAGUCAGAUGCUGACGCUAUUCAGUCAGUUCCGUCAGUGGCCCGAGUAUGGCGAGAGCUCCUUCCUCGCCUCGCUGGAAAACGCGCUGCUCAAGCUGGAGACUGCCAAUGAUGAACAAAACCUAGAGGAUGGCGUCACGUUGCCAGAGGAGGAUGAUGCUGAGGCAGAUGAAAUGCUCGAGGAAGAAAGCCCCGAACCCGCCACACCUCCCGCCAAGAGUCGCAGGAAAGCCAGUUCCUAGUUUUGGAUAGUACCCAAGUACUUCCUUUAGCUUUUAGCUGUUACAGAACACAUAAAUUUGAAUACGGAAAAUCCACCAUAA